AUAAGAAUGGCCCAUCUCCAAAUUCCUCAACCCCACUAAUAUUAUAUAAUUUUUCUGCCCAUCUUUCACCUCACCAUUAAAAAUCUUCUCCCCCAUCAACAGUCUCAUGACCCCAAUGAGUGCCAAUAAACAAAAUUUUGAUUGUGACACCAAAAACGAAAAAGGGCAGUACUUUUUUUCAAGAAAAUAAAUAAAAAUACAAUCUUUAUUACUUGUUCUUGCACAAAACAAGCAGAUACUAUAGAAUAGAAGACAGGAAUGGAAAUCUUGAAGAGGGUUUGCUAAGAGUUUUCUUGGAUUAUAUCACCUAACAGCAUCAGAGGCUUUGGAUUAACAUGCAUUGUAGAUGAUAAAUUGGAAUUCUUACCGGUCUUGUCUGAUUUGGCUUCCCUAAUCAAUCAAAUAUGAUUUGGUAAAUGUGAAGAGCUGGAAAAUGGACAAAACAAGACUUGAUUUAAAAAAUAAACCUUUUGGAUCUGCACCAUCAGAGGAAUCAUCUGUGGAUCUAGAGAGAAACUACUCUAAACAUCUGGACUUGCCUUCAUGUAGUCCAUCACCUUUACAGGCUGUUGCAUCAGGUGGUCAGUUCUCUGAGAGCAGUGCUGCCUACUUCUCAUGGCCUACUACCAGCCGGUUAAAUGACGCAGCUGAGGAUAGGUCAAACUACUUCGGAAACCUACAGAAGGGUGUUUUGCCUGAGACAUUUGGGCGCCUGCCUGCAGGACAGCGAGCAACCACUUUGCUUGAAGUAUUGACAGUCAGGGCAUUUCAUAGCAAAAUCUUGCGACGUUGUAGUCUUGGCACAGCAGUUGGCUUCCGAAUACGGCGUGGUGUUUUGACUAAUAUACCUGCCAUUCUUGUCUUUGUUGCUCGCAAAGUCAACAGGCAAUGGCUUCAGCACAUUCAUUGUUUACCCACUGCUCUAGAGGGACCUGGAGGUGUAUGGUGUGAUGUAGACGUUGUUGAGUUCUCUUACUUUGGCGCACCUGCUGCGACUCCAAAGGAAGAAUUUUACACAGAGCUCGUAGAUGGUUUGCGUGGAAGUGAUCCCUGCAUAGGCUCUGGUUCCCAGGUUGCUAGCCAAGAGACAUAUGGUACCUUGGGUGCCAUUGUGAAAAGUCGAACUGGAAAUCGACAAGUUGGUUUUCUCACUAAUCGGCAUGUAGCAGUUGACCUGGAUUACCCUAACCAGAAAAUGUUUCAUCCUUUGCCACCAAGCCUUGGACCCGGGGUGUAUCUGGGUGCCGUGGAGAGAGCAACAUCUUUCAUAACAGAUGAUCAGUGGUAUGGCAUUUUUGCUGGGACAAACCCAGAAACUUUUGUUCGAGCUGAUGGAGCAUUCAUUGCUUUUGCAGAAGAUUUUAAUAUAUCCAAUGUAUCUACAUCAGUUAAGGGCGUAGGUGAGAUCGGGGAUGUCAAGAUUAUAGACUUGCAGUCUCCUAUUGGUAGUCUGAUCGGCAGACAAGUAGUGAAAGUAGGACGAAGCUCUGGUUUGACUACAGGGACAAUUAUGGCUUAUGCUUUAGAAUACAAUGAUGAAAAAGGGAUCUGUUUCUUUACUGACUUUCUUGUGGUUGGGGAAAACCAGCAAACUUUUGAUCUUGAAGGUGACAGUGGAAGCUUAAUUCUUCUUAUAGGUCAAAAUGGUGAAAAACCUAGGCCAGUUGGAAUCAUUUGGGGUGGGACGGCUAAUCGUGGUAGGUUAAAGUUAAAAGUUGGCCAACCUCCAGAGAAUUGGACAAGUGGAGUUGAUCUAGGCCGCCUUCUUGAUCUCCUUGAACUUGAUCUCAUAACAAGCAAAGAAGGUCUUCGAGCAUCUAUACGAGAUCAAAGGAAAGCUUCAACAGCUGGAAUGGGUUCAGCUUUUGAAGAGUCGUCUGCUCAUGUGAGGAAACAACUUAAAGGAUGCAACAAAAAAGAGCCCCUUGGUUCCAUUCCUACUGAAGGUUCAUCUCAUUGCAGGCUUAACCCACCUUUCAUGCCUAAGGAGUUUAACAUAGAAGGUAGUCCUAGAAGUGCUCCAAGUGUAGAGCAUCAAUUCAUUCCAAGUGCUGCAGGGAUGCAUCAACACAAUAAACAAGAAAUCACAGAAUCAAAAAGCCUCCUGGCAGCAAGUAGAUGUGAAGAGAUUACUAUCUCACUGCAAUUAGGUGAUCCCGAACAAAAAAGAAGGAAACAGUCUGAUUCUUCACUGAUAGCCAAAGAUCGAAACUGAAUGUCUGGAAAUGCAGCAAUUUUGCAUCAUAGACUUUCCAAACUUGGAUGACUCGACUUUCAGGUUGCAAGUUCUGACAUUUUGUCAAAUAAAAUAUAUCCAAGAGCCGGUUACAUAUCACCAGAUCUGUCAUUGCUGCUAUUAUAAUAUUAUGAUGUUAAUACUAGUAGAAAAUCGAUUGUAAAAUCCAAGAGUUAGUGUGGAUUAUUUCCUUCAGUCCCUUGUUUCUGGUAAUAUGAAUUGUGUAUAAACUUAAGUUAUGUAUCAAUGUUCAUAUCGAAAUUUUGAAAUAA